UUUUUACAUUUCAGGUUUUUAGCAGAAUAGAAGAAUAUGCAAAAUCAAUCUGCGGAAAACAAAACUGAUUGCGAGCAAGCUGAUACAACGACGGGAGAUGCCGGAGAACGUAACGUCAAGCUUGCCGAUACCAGAAAUUUUCGGCGCACCUUAGAUACAGCCUAUCAAAGGUUCGGUUCCCAGCAGCCGGAUCAGAUACUUGCUAUACCCACUAUCGAUCGCUACAACCCAGAAGAAGUGCGACAAUACAUCGAUACUUUUGCUAAGAAAUCGGAGGAAUGUGUCGACCAAAAAAUGCAGGGCUGCGAAGAGUAUAUGCAGGUAGCAAAUUGGUGCGAACUGAUGCAUUCGAAUGGACUGGACAAAAGCUGUAAUCAUGAAUUGGCUUUGGCAAUGAAAACUAUAGCGGCCACCGAACGGUUUCCGGCACCCAAAAACGCCAACGGGGUCGACUUUCGAAUCCUAUACUUGAACCUGUCGAACAUGAUGAUGGGACAUCCGAUAAUGGAAAUGAAUAAAGCAACAUCGGAUGUUCUAGUUAGUGUAUAUCAGGAUACCCUCAAAGAAGUGCAAAUGACGGAAAAUGUAUCGAGGAGUUCCAUUAUUCAGAAUUGCAUGCAAAGGAUCGCUUGUCCUAAGAAAACCGGUCCAUCAGUAGAGGAUUCAAGUAGCACAGCGGCAGUAUUUUUAGACACUAACGUCAACCCUUUGCAAAUUCAAUUGAAAGAUCUUUUUCGGGAUACAAGUUAGAUUUUUUAUGAAAAUAAUAAUUGAAAUAGGAAGAUGAUAAAUAAAACAAUUUUGUUCUCAUGAAUUCAUUUUUUUUAUUUAUCUCAUCUCGAAUUUUGUUCAAAAUAGUUAACCACGUUUACAGUACGAUUCGAACAAUUUACAGUUAGUGUUCUUCUUGAACUCCAAUUCACUCCACGCCUGUCGUUUUAGCGAAUGUGCUCUGAAUUUAUUCUGUGUUGAUUUUUUUUUUCUGUUAUAUUGACAUCGAUAUUAUAGAGCGAAUCGAAUGUUUGUAGCCGU